UGAAUAGUUUUUCGCCAAAACGCUAUCAGAGAAGACUGUCAGCAAUCUACAGGGAGAGAGAGAGAAACUAAUCAGAUCGACACUUCACGCUUCGCUGAGCCUGAUCAAUCUCAUCGAUCACCACCUCAUCUUCACAUAUUCAUCACAUACACAGUUAUAUAUAUAUAUAUAUAUAAAUUAUUCCUGUAAUCCAUCAAUCUCAAAGACCAUUUUUGUGAAAUUGAUUCGAUUUUCAGUGUUAUGCACCAACUCUGCUUCGAAAUUUUCGCGAAUUUCGUCCAGGAAAUUGUUGUUGUAUUAGGAACACAAUUGUUUGGAUGGGACGAAAUGCCAAAUCACGGAGAAAACUCUGGAGGGUAGCAAAUAAUAGCAUUUGCAAUACUCAUUGAACAUAUAUAUGGCAUCUACUAGUGUAGGACAUGGAGGGGUAGGAAGUUCCAGGAGUUCCAGGACAGUCAAUGGCUUCAAGGGGUCAUCUAGUUCUGUUGAUUGGCUGGGAAGAGAGAUGCUUGAAAUGAGAUUGAGGGACAAGGUGGACCAUGAGGAUGACAGAGAUAGUGAACUGGAUAUAAUUGAUGGUGUGGGUGCUGAAGCAGGCCAUGUGAUAAGAACUACUAUUGGUGGUCGUAAUGGUCAAUCCAAGCAGAUUGUCAGUUACAUAGCAGAACAUGUGGUUGGAACUGGUUCUUUCGGUGUUGUUUACCAAGCAAAAUGCAGAGAGACGGGAGAGAUUGUCGCUAUCAAGAAGGUUCUCCAAGACAAGCGCUACAAGAAUAGGGAGUUACAGAUUAUGAAAAUGAUGGACCAUCCUAAUGUUGUUGCUCUAAAACAUUGUUUCUUCUCAAAAACCGACAAAGAAGAGCUCUACCUUAAUCUUGUACUUGAAUUUGUUCCUGAAACUGUUAACCGUAUUGCAAGGCAAUACAGCAGAAUCAACCAGAGGAUGCCCUUAAUAUAUGUCAAACUCUAUACUUAUCAGAUAUGCAGAGCACUGGCUUAUAUUCAUAAUUGUAUUGGUAUUUGCCACCGGGACAUCAAACCUCAAAAUUUGCUUGUGAAUCCACACACGCAUCAGCUGAAACUCUGUGAUUUUGGUAGUGCAAAAGUUUUGGUGAAAGGAGAACCCAAUGUUUCCUACAUCUGUUCUAGAUACUACCGCGCUCCAGAACUCAUAUUCGGUGCCACUGAAUAUACGACUGCUAUAGAUAUAUGGUCUACAGGUUGUGUGAUGGCUGAAUUACUUCUUGGACAGCCUUUGUUUCCCGGAGAGAGCGGAGUUGAUCAGUUAGUUGAGAUUAUCAAGGUUUUGGGAACACCUACCAGGGAGGAGAUAAAAUGCAUGAAUCCAAACUAUACUGAAUUUAAGUUCCCGCAGAUAAAGCCUCAUCCAUGGCACAAGGUCUUCCAAAAACGUUUGCCUCCAGAAGCUGUGGACCUGGUUUGUAGGUUUUUUCAGUACUCCCCCAAUUUGCGAUGCACUGCUUUGGAAGCUUGCAUUCACCCUUUCUUUGAUGAAUUGAGGGACCCCAACACUCGCCUUCCGAGUGGCCGUCCUCUUCCUCCCCUCUUUAAUUUCAAACCACAAGAGCUGUCAGACAUUCCACCUGAUACUCUCCAUCGGCUUAUACCAGAGCAUGCUCGAAAGCAGAAUUUGUUCAUGGCUUUGCAUACCUAGCAUUAGCUGUUUUCAGUAAUUUUUGCGUCUUUGAAAUUGCCUCUGGAACGGUAGUAUGGUCUUGUAGACAUCUGUAAAAUUCCAAUUGCCCUAUGUAUCUAUAUAUUAAUGCUUGACACUCCGAUCAAAAGAUUUACAAUGGAGUUCCCAGGACAAUUGUGGAACACGAGGCUUUGAGUUUGUAUGUCAAUGGAGGUGUUCUUUUGAUUUUGUUGAGGCAUAUUUUAUAAGGAGCCUUGUUACGAAGGGGAUGCAGAAAAAAAACUUGAUGCUGAACUACAAAUGAUAACUUUUUUUUCUUUUGCUA